UUCUCUGCAAUUGUUUCAAAAUCGAUGCAUCGUAAAUACGGCAAGUUGUUUCCUAAAGAAAUUUGGUAAUGGAGUGUCCUGUGCCAUUCAAGUAUAAAGGAAAAACUAUAGAGCGACUUCCAGUCGUGCGUGUGGAUAAUAGAACCGGCCACACGCGCUUCCUCCAUAUUGCGUAAGGCCAAAAUUGGCCCGUCAAAAAUGUUAAGCUACGGUAGAGUUAUAGGACGAUUGCCAAAACUUACGAGACAUUCAUAUGCCAAUCACUACUGUCGACCUUCAAAAUAUGUUGGAAUAUUUAGUGUUCAUAAUUUAUGGUAUAGUAGCAAUACAAAUGAUAAAGCAUUUAAACCUCCAGGGACCACCAUAAAGCCAGAAGAAUGUGUACCUGAAAGUAGUUAUUCCAAACAAAAAAGAAGUGUCCCUAUAUGUGAGUCUCAUCCUAAUGCAUCUUGUCCACCAUCUUGUUAUGAAAUUUGUGGAAAACCAGAUGAUUCGAAGAAACCAAAUGACAAGAAGCCUUCAUCACCAUAUUGGAAAAUAUUGGCAACCUUAUUCAUAGCAGGAGUUACAAUAUAUGCGAUAUCUUCUUCAAAUUGGUUUACUAUGAAAAAAACAGAUUCUCGAAAGGAUGUAAGUAAGAGAAAAAAGAAUGGAAGGAGAAUUAGAAGAUCACUUGAAAAAACUAAAUCUCCACCUACUUCUAGUUCAUUCCCUUCAGAAAUACCUUAUCUUUUAAUAGGAGGUGGAACAGCUGCAUUUUCUGCAUUUAGGUCUAUUAAAUCUAGAGAUCCUAGAGCUAAGGUUUUAGUAAUAACAGAAGAAGGAGAUUUGCCAUAUAUGAGACCUCCAUUAUCCAAGGAACUUUGGUAUAAUAGAGAUAGAAAAAUAAGUGCGCAAUUACUUUUUAAGCAAUGGAAUGGUGCUCAAAGAAGCAUAUUUUAUGAACCACCAGAAUUUUAUUCAGAUAUUACUAAUUUGAGUCAAUCUGAUAAAGGUGGUGUGGCUGUAGCUACAGGUUGGAAAGUUACAAAAAUUGAUGUUCCAAACAAAACUGUGAUGCUUGACGAUGGUUAUGAAAUAAAGUAUGACAAGUGUCUUAUUGCAACUGGUGCAUCACCUAAAAAUCUCCCAGUUUUUGAAUCAAUGCAAGAUGAACUUAAGGAUAAAAUCGUAACCUUCAGAACAAAAGAAGAUUUUCUUGAUUUAGAAGAUGCUGUGCAUAAUCCUAAGCAUAAAAAUAUAGUUAUAAUUGGUGGAGGAUUUCUUGGUUCGGAACUUGCGUGCUCAUUGGCUCGUAAUUUACCUGAGAAUAGAAAAGUAUAUCAAAUAUAUAAAGAGAAAUUUAUAAUGGAUCAAGUAUUACCACAAUACCUAAGCGAAUGGGCAACAAAGAAAGCAAUGUUAGAAGGUGUUAAUUGUAUUGCUAAUUCUGAAGUAGAAGAUUAUUCUUAUAAAGGUGGACAAUUAUCGCUCGUCCUUUCAGAUAAUCGUGUUAUUGAUGCCGAUCAAGUGAUUGUAGCAGUAGGUGUUGAGCCAAAUACUGAUUUGGCAAAAGCUUCACAUUUAGAAACAGAUCCUGAAAUAGGCGGUUUUCUUGUUAAUGCGGAAUUAGAAGCAAGGAGUAAUCUUUGGGUUGCUGGAGAUGCAGCUUGCUUUUAUGACAUUAGACUUGGUAGAAGAAGAGUAGAACAUCAUGAUCAUGCUGUAAUCUCGGGAAGAUUGGCAGGAGAAAAUAUGACUGGUGCAAGAAAACCAUAUCUACAUCAAUCAAUGUUUUGGUCCGACUUAGGACCAGAGGUUGGAUAUGAAGCAAUUGGUAUUGUGGAUUCAUCACUGCCAACUGUAGGAGUUUUUGUAAAAACAACGAAGUCAGAUGCUUCGAUAACAUCUGUUAAUAGCUCAAAUGAAAUCACACAAUCUUCAGAUACGAAGAAAUUGAAUUCAACACAAAUACAAUCAAGCUUAGAAGAAACAGAUAAAUCAAAAUGUUCCGAUAAUUCAAAAAUCUCACUGGAGGAACCUAAAAAAUAUGACGAUUUUGGAAAAGGAGUCGUUUUUUAUUUGCGUGAUGAUAUUGUGGUUGGCAUAGUUCUUUGGAACAUCUUUAAUCGGAUGUCUAUUGCUAGACAGGUGCUUGCAAGAGGCACAAAAUAUGAUGAUUUAAAUGAAGUAGCAAAACUGUUUACUAUUCAUGAUGACUGAUUCCACUAAUAUGACAACUAUAUGAUUAUAUCGUGUCAUUAUUGUACAUAAGGUUAUUUAUCUAUCAGUUCUAAAACAUUUUACAAAUAAAAAAAGUCUACAACUGGUAUCUUAUUCCUGAAUUUAUAAAAUACGAUUUGUAUAAAUAUUGCACAUACUACGUACAAAGUAUUUUCCAUAAAAAUAAAUGGUAACAUUCUUAUAGACAAUGAGAUAUGUUUAUUAAACUAGUUACAAGGUGUGAAUUUUACUAGGAAAUAAAUGAAAAUGUUUUGUUAGUUAA